GUCUAAACUCUGUGAUACAAACACAGAAGACUGUGGCUGCAGCUGUGGGAGAACAGGCCUGCUUAAACUGUCUGCUGAUUCAAACCAAAGAAGUUCUUCAAGUCACCUGGCAGAAGAUUCUACCUGACAGAGAGAGUAAUGUCAUCACCUACGACAAAUAUUUGAAGAAACUGGUGAACGCUGAUUUUCAAGGGAAAGUGGAGUUAAUUGAUGCUGGACUGCAGAACAGCUCCAUCCUGAUCAGGAACGUGACGGAGGAGGAUGAAGGCUGCUAUCGCUGCAUGUUUAACACCUACCCUGAUGGAGCUCUCAUUGCUACAAUCUGCCUCAAACUCUACGAGCUGCAUGGACCCGUUCUUCACGUCAGAGAAUCAAACUUUCCUGAAGAGGUCAUUGUUACCUGCUCAGCUACGGGUCGACCUGCUCCCACUGUCACAUUAAACGUCCUGCAUCAAAAACUCAACUUUUCUACACACAGUUUCAAAAACACAAACGGUACGGUCACUGUUUACACCACAGGUGUGCUGAGGCGUAGCUAUGACAACAGCACACAGGUUGAAUGUGAAGUUCAAGUGCCCUCCGUUCCUCUGAAGAAGGACUCUGUGAUGAUUCCUGCAGUCCAGCUGUCGUCUGAAGAUGGUUCAAAGGUCGACACUGGAUCUAAUGUUGUUGGUAUUACUCUGGUCAUCGCAGCAGUUGUGAUAGUCUCUUUAGUGGUUCUUCUGUGCUUUCUGAGACGAAAACUACUGAACAGCCCCAAAUCUUGGUGUAAGAAUAAGGAGGACCCUGAGGUGAUCAAAACAACGCUACCUACUGAGAAACCUCUCAUGAACAGAACGCCUUUAAUGCAUCAACAGGACGAGCAGGAGGGCCUCAGGCAGCAGACAUCUUCUGUUAAAAAGAUGUUCAACUUCAUAAAACAAGCUUCAUCUCGGACACCACAGUGUAAAAAAACACAAACUCUUUAGUGAUGCAGAAACACACAAGGUGACAAAGUGAACAAGAGUGACACAGCAGAUUCUCUUUUGAAUCCAUAUGAUGCAUUUGCUUCCCUUUUUAUGCAUCUCUUUUUUAUACAUUUUGAUAUAUUUUUAAAUAAAUACAUUUAAAUUCUUCA